GGCACGCUAGUACAGGCGGUGUUGUCGUUUGCUUCGUACUGUGUCGCAUAGUGUUUUACGUCGGUGAUCACGCGUGCUCCUUUGGAGUAGGACGCUCAUGUGCACAUGUGUCUAGAUAAAAAAAUAUAUUGUAUAUUCCGCCAAAACUCCUUUACAAUUUAAUUCGGGUCAGUGAAAAGUGAGUCAGUGAGUGCCGUGGCCGUGAUCAGCGACGUCACUACCUUGUGCAGUUAGUUGUUUAUUUCUUCUCUUCCUCAAUCCGUGGACGACUUGGAGCCCAGGAGUUAGGGUAUCUAAGCCAAUCGAAACAACAUCUCGACUGUCUUCUUGUUUGUGUUCUGAUUUGCCCCAGUCCAGUAUCAGUGUGCUUCUCUAGUGAUCCGCGCGUGUGAGUGUGAGUGCGCAUACACCCCCAGCUAUGGACCCGCUAUCUUGACACAAGCACGAGCACUGCUGCCUCGGAUUUCUCGCCGCUGUCAUGAAAUAGUAGGUUAGAUGUGAUAUUAGGUAGACGUUCUUUGCAACUUGUAACUUAUAAAAACUGCAACGGCGCAGCACUCGUGGGAUCGCAACUUCCCUUGCAGAAACGAGUAAAAGAGAAAAAUCAUGCUGACGUGACCAAUAUACCAAAAUCGAAAGGGUGCUUGUGCCGAAGGUUCCAUCACGCUUGCCAAGAGGAAGUUUAGUUCCAGAAGAAGGAAAAUUCAAAAAGAAGUACCUAAUAUUGAAGGCGGCAGGGGUCACAAGAAGAUUCAAGGAUCUGUGGUACUCUUCAUGGGAACUAAUUUGCAGCGAUCUUUGCAAAAAGGAGUGUUCUUUCCGAGGCGUUCCCGGGAGCGUCUCGAGUCUCACACAAGGAUGGUGUCUUGAUUGUCAGUGCUCAAGAACCUUGGUUUGAGCCAAAGCCAAACUGUCCACCAAUCCGUGACGCUACUAGCUUUUUUCCGUCCCCAUCGGGCGACUGGGUCCCGAGGAAAAAAAAGAAGGCCAAGACGAGUCGUCAUGCUCUAUUCUCGAGGAGGACGCGACAAAUUGAAUCACCAGGCCCGCGCGGCAACUUUAAUGGUAGUGCAGAACUAGUCGCUGGAGUCGUUAAAGGGAGCCGUGGUUGAUGCUGAGUCCUGUGGAAGCGAAUAACAGAAUCACCUUCAUCUCGCGCUCCGCGUGAUUCCCAAGACAAAGAAGCCGACUCGUGCUCAGCAACAGGAGUAACUGAGUCAGUGAAACGUCAAGUGCGUCAGAGUGAGACAAUCCAGGAAGAGCAAGUUAUAUACAUAGAGGAGUUAUAGACAGUGAAGCGAGAGUGGGAGCGCCGUGGGUAGAGAGGAACUUGAAAAGAGAUCGAGCGUGACACCUGGGGACGACGAGGGGGCGAAGUGUUGCUGUGGAGACCAAUGUUCAGGAGCGUACAAUGGCUGGGGCUCUUUCUGGGAAUGCCCCAAGGCCUGUAAGUGUCGUCACCGUUGAUGGAGGCGUCGUGGAAAAUGUCCCGUCCCAGAGUAUUCCCGAGUCAGACCAGGAUCAACAGGAUCCCCAGGUCGAGCCGACUGCGGAGUAUCCCCGCUCAUUUACCUCGACGGAGGCGCAGACGGAAGUAGGUCCCCAAAUUGUCCCACAGCCGGUCCAGGAAGCUGAAGAUGUUAGGGAUGCGAGAAGGAGGGAGAGGAGAAUGAGGAGGCAGCAUCGAAGGGCUUUAAGGACUUGCUCGAUGCCACCAACUUAUCCAGGGACGCCCGGAUGCAUGGGGUCGACAACUGCACCAGGAGUACCCCUUGUGUCCCCUGUGGGAGGUUUUCUGCAUCCUCCACCGCCGCACCUGGGUCUAAGGGGCCUUAGCCUGGGUCUGCCUUUCCCUGUUCCAACUAGCGUCUCCGCUUUCGGCAGGGACGCAGUGCCAAAGCAAUGCUGUGGAUUGGGUUCGCCUCCAGUCCGCUGGUCCAUCCUCGGUGUCGGGAUCGUGGGACUUGUAUGCGCAGGGGCUGGGGUGCUGCUCGGGGCACUCAGGGCCACAGGUCGGGAUCACUUCGCUGUUGCGCUGCUCAUGAUUGGUAUAGGUGUGGUCUUAGUGUCUGUAAGUGCAGUGGCAUGGCGCGUGACUUGUCGAGAAAAUUGCGGGAGCUUUUUUGGUUUCACGGGGAUCUCGGGAAGGAUCCCGCCUGCGAGGCCAAUGCAUCCAUAUGCUGCCAUGAUUUAUCCAGAAUUUCAAUUCAGGACGCCGCCUCCAAGCUACCAGGCAAGCAUGCAGGAAUACAGACUUAGGUUGUUAUUGUUGGACCGUCUGCAACCCACGUCCUCGCCACCGCCGACGUAUAGGUCAAAUGCUGGGAGUAUCGCCUGCACUACCGCCAGGGAAAGCAGACCGCCAAGUUACUCUGGUCGCGCGAACGUGACACCAACGGCUACAAUGGUGCCUUCGAAAAAGGACGCGAAUCUCGUCAGGAUUGUGCAAAAAACUGAAUCCGAGCCCGUUAUUCUUAGCGGAGACCAAACACCUCCCGUUGCAGCUGUCGAAGUUUUAGCUCACCUUUAGCCGGCUUUGCUCUAAUUCUAAUAAUAAUCUAAAAUGGAUUCCGUAAAUACUUUUCAUGUAAAUACGACGCGUUCAUGAAGAAUAAAACUUACACACCAAAACCCUACAAGAAAAAGUAUUAACUUGUGUUUUUCAAAGAUUCAGACUGUGAUUUCCUUACAAUUUGGUAUUGUUUUUAUCUUCACGAACAAGCUGUUCGUACAAAUAGGUUGCAAAUUAUGAAAACGCUUGGAUCUUUAUAUAAUGAAAUUUAUGGCCGGUUCUAGUUUAGGAGAUAUUCGUGGGUAUCUAUUGAAUCUUUUGAAAGAGGGUAUAUUUCAUGUUCGAUGAAAAAGGAUAAGACGUCUAUUUAUGAACUCGCCAAAUUUAAAUGCGUCUUUUUCAAAAAGCGGGUUUUAAAUGUUUCACUUUGAAUAUGCUCCGGUGUUUCGUUCUUCGACCCAAAGGCUUGUAUUGAGCUUAAAAUGCCGGGAAGUAAUACGGCUAUAUGAUCCAUAGUGUACAGAAGAACACCUUAUUCAAUUUUGGUAAAUAAUAUUUUGUAAAUCGUUGAUAAUUUGGGGUGGGUCCGUGUGCUUGCAAUUAACAUACAAUAUCCUGUUUACCGUGCCAGGUGUGCAAGCAGUGCAUUGGAACAAUCGGGAAAGUGGAAUAAACUACAAUACGUAAUUUAAAUAGUUAGUGGGUCAAUGAACCCUUUUAAUGAUACGUUAAAAAUUGUAUUCAUAAAAUAUAUAUUAUAUAUGUUAUAUGAGAAAAAUCGAUUAUGCUAGGACAAGCAUUAUUUAGUAUUGCUCUUUUGAAAUCUGAAUAAAAUUAUAAUUAUAUGUAAAUAUGUACAAUGGAAAUAUUGAAGCCUACGAUUACUAAAUUACAAUUAGAAACAGAAAAUAAGAAAAGGAAAUAUGUUGAUCGUUCAUGACAGAUUUAAUAAUUGUCUAAUAAAGAAUUGAUGCUAA